AUGUCUCCAAAUACGGCAGAAACUGCUUCCCAACCGGGUAGAAACUCCACACUCGCCUCCUCAAUCUCAUCCUUAGAUGACAAACCUGUGAGGCCCGAAGGAUCGGACGGGGAUGCCUUUACAACAGAUUCAGAGAAGGGUCCAAUAAACAGCAGUCCACCCCCAGCACCGGAGCACGUGAGAACAGUUACUGGUUGGAAAUGGGUUCUCAUUUGUGUUGGCUUCUAUGUCGCUACUUUCUUGUAUGGCUUGGACAACACUAUUGCCGCUGAUAUUCAAUCCGCUGUACUCGGAACUUAUGGUGAUAUUUCAAAGUUAUCUUGGUUGGGUACUGGUUUCCCGCUAGGAUCCAUUGCUACGAUCCUUACUAUUGGUAAAGCUUAUAGUACUUUCAAUGUCAAGUGGACCCAUGUCAUUUCAGUUAUCAUCUUCAUCGUUGGUAGUGCUGUAUGCGGUGCUGCUCCAAACAUGAAUGCGCUCAUUGUUGGAAGAGUGAUUGCUGGUGUAGGAGGAGCUGGAAUGUACCUCGGAACCUUGAACUUGGUCGCCAUCAAUACUACCAUUCAAGAACGCCCUCUCUAUCUUGGAGGCGUUGGUAUUACUUGGGGUCUUGGAACGAUUCUUGGCCCUGUGAUUGGAGGAGCUUUCGCAGAUUCAGGAGCAACCUGGAGAUGGGCUUUCUAUAUCAAUCUUGUCAUCUUUGGUAUCGCAGUGCCGGCUCUUCUUUUGAUCCCAUCAUUCGACCCACAGCCUGACCUAGACAUACUCCACAAAGUCAAGCAUAUUGACUGGAUUGGAGCUCUGUUGAACGCUGGUCUCUUUACCUCAUUCGUCAUUGCUCUUACCUUUGGUGGUGCCAACUGGGCCUGGAAUGAUGGUCGCACCAUUGGUACAUUCGUCGCCUGUGGAGUUAUCUUCAUCCUUUUUGCAAUCCAACAACAAUUUUGCAUUUUCACCACACCCGAGGAUCGACUAUUCCCAGUCCAAUUCCUCAAAUCACGAACUAUGAUUCUCCUAUUCAUCUGUACCGCGGCAGCAGGAACAGCGCUCUUCGUUCCUAUCUUCUAUAUCCCCCUCUUCUUCCAAUUCUCCAAAGGAGACGAUGGAAUUGAAGCCGCUGUCAGACUCCUGCCAUUUAUCGUCCUCUACAUUGUAACUGUCAUGUCACAAGGAAUACUCAUGCCCAAGGUAGGCUAUUACUGGCCAUUCUUCGUUCUCUGGGGUAUGUUUGCUCUCAGUGGAGGCGCUGCAAUGACCACAGUCACCACCUCCACAAACGCAGGUUCCAUCUACGGUUGGAGUAUUCUCAUCGCCAUUGGUUGCGGUAUGACCACCCAAGCUUCAUACAGUAUCGCACCCGCUAUCCUUGGUCGUGAUGGUCGCGGUCAAGAGGUCCCUGCCUCAAUUGGAUAUAUCAAUGUAGCUCAAAUCGGUGGUGUGGUCAUUGGUCUCACGGUCUCUGGUACAGUCUUUCAAAGUACCGCAUUUAGAAACGUCAACGCGGCAUUCGAAGGCCAGCAUUUCUCGGCCGACCAAAUCAGAAGUGCAAUUGCCGGAUCUCAAAGUGCGCUGUUUCAAAGUGUGUCGCAAGAACUGAGGGACAAGGCUAUUGAGGGUAUUGUCCAGGCGAUUGACCAAACAUAUUAUUUGGUAGUGGCUGGUGCGGCUUUGACGUUGCUAUUGAGUUUCUUGUUGAAGAGAGAAAAGUUAUUUAUGGAGAUGGCGGCUGUUGGAGGAUAG